AUGAGGCUCCUCCGUCGUGGUACUCACCGAAAAACCUCUCCAAUCGGUGUUCCACCGAUUAAAACUCGCGGAAGGCCAGGGAAAACACAACGGAAGGCGAGUGGUGGUGGUGGUGUUGGUCAUAGUGGUUGUUGUGGUGGUGGCUGUGAUGGUGGUGGCGGUCGUCGUCAACGUGGUUGUCAAAUUUGUAGUGUUGGUAGCCAUGGUGGUGGUGGUGGUUAUGGUGGGGUUCCUGGCCAUGGUGUUGGUGAUGGUGGAAGCCGCGGUGGUGGUGGUGGUGGAUGUGAUGGUGGUUGUGAUAGUGGUUUCGAUGCUCGUGGUGGUAGUCGCGGUGGUGGUGGUAGUGGUGGUGGUGAUGGCCCUGUUUGUUGCCAUGGUGGUGGUCGUGGUAGUGGUAGUGAUGAUGGUUGUGGUGGUGGUGGUGGUUAG